CUCUAUUUUCCAAUGGCGUCGCAGAUUUCUGUGCGGGGGUCUCUUACAUUGAUUUGGGAUGAAUAAUUUGCAUGUAAAUUGCAUGCAGUGAUUCGCUUAUGCAUUUUGGGCUGUUGGAGCAGUGUCUAGGUGCAUAUGGACAUCCAAUCACUGGACAAGGAGGAGCCUGUUCCAUAUAUCAUGUCAGGAGAGGGGGCUGCCCCUGAACAGGUGCCCGGCGUGGCUGCAGAGAUGAGCAUCCAGUCACUGCCAGAGCUGGGCGCCGAAUCUACAGUCAUCUCUGAGCUGACUGCUGAGACGCCAAAAGCCUCCAAGGAUGCAGCUGGCCUGGUGGUGCUGGGAGUUGCUGGUGACUACAGCCACGACACUGUCACCGCGGCUGUGGUGACGGGAGACGGCCCUGCGGCGGACGCUCUUCCCGCUGAGGUCAUCGGCGUGUCGUCCGGCGCUGUCCCUCAGCCGGCAAUGACCGCGGCCGCGCCGCCGGCCGUGACGCAGGCGGCGCUGGAGCCAGUGGCUCGGAUCAGCACAGAGCAGGUGUCGGUGGCGAUGUCGGAGCCAGUGCCGAUUGUCACCAUAGAGCUGGCGUCGGGACUGGCGCCCGGGUCGGAGCCCGGCGUGCCGUCCACCGCGGCCGCCGCCACCGCCGUCCCGGUCAAUGUGGUGCCGGUGGCGAUAUCAUCCGCCGUGUCCAUGCCGCCUCCGUCUGCCGAGGCGGUACCGAUUGCUACCACCAUACCAUCCACGUCGCAUACAAAGGCGGUUGGAGCGUGCCCGCCGCCGGCUGGUGCCGGCAGUGUGUUGCCGAUUGAAGGAGAAAGGGAACAGGAGCUGAUCGUACCGGACCUGGUGACCGUGUCCAAACCCCAUGCAGAGCCGCUGCUGGAGCUGGCCGAGAAACAAGUCGAGUCGAAGCCUAUUCCAGGUCAGCCAGAAUCAGAGCCGAUGGAGAUCCAUCCAGAACCGGAGCCGAUGCAAAGCCAGCCGGAGCCGGAGCCGGAGCCAGAGUCGAUGAAUAGCCAGCCGGAGCCGGAGCCGGAGCCGAGGAGUAGCCGGCGGCGCGCUCAGCAGGAGCGGGUCGGGCAGGAGUCUGUCGAGUCGCUCCCGGCGCUGGCCGCCCCGGAGCCGGAGCCGGAGCCGGGCGACCUACACUGUCUGGUGUGUAACGACCCGGUGGAGUCGGUGGGAGGCAGCGGCGGCGCCGGCGACAACGGCGGCCUCCACCUGGCCGACUACCUGGAGAACGCGCACAUCCGCAUCGAGGACAAGCUGAGCGGCAUCAUCAACAACGACUACCGGCUGUACCUGCACAGCGAGGUGGUGUGCGACCGGUGCCACACCACCCUCUGCCAGAUCCACGACCUCGAGAUGCAAACCAAGCACCUGAAGGAUCAGGUGGUGGGCUUCUUCUGGGACACGGUGGAGGUCCGUCGGGUCCGGCCGCAGCGCAAGGGACGGCGCAACAUCAACCAAUCGUACCUGCUCCUGCCCGACGAGACAUCCAACUACUCAGUUUUUCAACUGUGCGAUUCCUUCUUAACACCGAUCCUGGCUGAGACGCGGGACAAUCGUCCUUUGCGUAACUCACUUACGGAGUCCAGACCAUCUAAGCUUCUACUGGAGUCUCAAGAGAGUGCUUUAUUUAUGCCGGAGGUUGACAUCAAGGAGGACCCGUCCGACGUCAUAUACAAGGCGCCGCAGAAGAAGAUCGGCAGGUACUCCAAGCCCAAAGUGUACGAGAAGCUCUCCAGCAACGAGUACCAGUGUAUCCGGUGCCAUAAGGUGUUGCCGCGUAUGCGUGCUGUGGUGAAACACUUUGACCUGGUGCACGGUCGCAAGGAGGAGCAGUGCGACAUCUGCGAGAAAUACUUCCGUGACCGACCUCACCUUCUCCGGCACAAACAGAAGAUGCACCCGGACGCCGCAGACGCCGCGGAGGCGCCAGCGGCGACGGCGACAUCGACUGAGCCCUCAACCUCCCCCGCUGGCGACGCUCCCACCGGUUCUGCCGACCCCGUCCCCGCCGCCGUGGAACCCGCGGCACCAGCGGCGGCGGGGGAACCACCGGCGGUGCCGUCUGGAACCGAGAGCCGGGCGGCGGCGGCGGCGGCCGUGAAACACGAGUCUGUCGACAUAUCGGCCGACCUGCCGGCGUCGCUGGACGACGGCGCCUCGCCGCCGCUCGGCGACGAUGACGACUACGAGGAGGAGGAGGACGUGGAUGACGUGGAUGACGAGGACUACAUCGCCGACCGGCUGCCCGUCAUCGACGAUGACGACGAGGACGGCGAGGUGGACAUGGACGUGGUCAUGAACGUCGAGGUCGAGCGGCCGCGGCGCGCCCAGAAGCGGCGCAGCUCGUCGCAGUCGUACCCGCUGGGUCCCGAGGUGGGCGUCAUGUACACGGAGAGCGCCGACGGCACGUCGCCGCGCUUCCGGUGCAUGCUCUGCACCAAUACGUACUCACGCGCAGCCAAGGCGCGCGACCACUUCAUCGCCAAGCACGCGCAGAUCAAGCGCUUCAAGUGCACGCUCUGUUCGGAGAUGUUCCUCACGUACAAACAGAAGCGGCACCACGAGCUGAGCCACACGGCCGAGAUGUGCACCAAGUGUGGUAAAAAGUACCCCGGUAACAAGCGAGGCAUGCUGGAGCGGCACGUGGCGCAGUGCGGCGAGCUGAAACGGUGCAGAGUGUGCGGCGCAGAGUUCCAGAACAUGUCCGAUUUCAUCAAGCACCGGCGCGACGCGCACGAGAAGAGCGCCACGUGUGAUGUGUGCGGGAAGGUGGUGAGUGCGCGCAACCUGGCCUCGCACCGGGCCAUCCACUCGGACGAGCGCAACUAUACGUGCCACCUGUGCGGCUCCAGCUUCAAGGCCAAGGGCAGCCUGGACACCCACCUGCGCACGCACAGCGAGGACCGGCCGUUCAGCUGCGCAACCUGCGGCCGCAGCUUCAAACACCGCAACAACUGGAAGGACCACGAGCGCGGACACCUCAACAUCCGCGACUUUGUGUGCCACUUCUGCUCCAAGUCCUUCAAGCAGGCUAAGAACCUGAAGCAGCACCUACGGCAACAUGACGCCAACCCGGAGAUCUUCACGUGUCCGCACUGUCCCAGCACGUUCCGGUACAAGUACAACAUGCUGGCGCACGUCAAGACGCUACAUACGGGCGAGACGAGCCGGCGCGUACGGCGCCGGAUGCGCGCGCCCUCCGAGCUCAGUGCGUCGGGCAGCGCGGCCAGCGGCGGCCCGGCCGGCGGCACGCACGCCGUGCUGGUGGGCCUUGACCCGCUGCAGCUGUCUCCCGGCUCGGUGACCAGCGACUCCAACAGCGGCGUGCACGUGGUGGCGGCCGCGCCGGCUGGCACCGCGGUGGCCGCCGGCAGUCGCUCGCUGCCGCAGCUGAACCCCCUAAACCCGAGUGUGGUGUUUAUGCAGACGCUGCAACACCACAGCAUCUUCUCCUCGUAGCCGGGCCGUGGCUGCGAGUGCCGACAGCGUACAAACUCGUGACAGAGGCCGGCCGGAUGCACGGCGAUUCACGCCAUCGAUUGCGGGUGCCGCGACUGCCUACACUCGCACAACUGUGUACUGGUGUGGUGGGGCCACACGCAGUUUCAUAUGUAAGCGCCGAGUUGUUCCGCGCCGUGCGACCAUUCUUUCGUGAUACAGAGCACCCUGUGGGUGUCUGCAGAGCAGGGGGCGGGACCGGCCCUAGUCACAUUCCGGUGGGCGCCGCGGGCACUGGCCGUCUGUAGAGCCGCACUGCCUCAGGCCUGUACAGUAGCGUAGCGAUCAGCAGCAUUUACACGAGCCAGAGCUCGACCCGCGUGUGCCAUUGCGGCGUCUCCCCGCUCGGAACCGAAGCCGCUGCUAUUUUGACGUGAGUGACUGGGAUCUAUUUUGGUGAGUCGUGUUGAUGAACUGGCGCGCACGUCCAUUGACGUCCGAACCAGCCGUUUGUUAGCCUUUGUAUCGAGCUUUGUGCGGCACAUGGGUUCGUCACAGGCAGUUGUUUUCAACUGAGCAGACAGUUGAACAUGUUUAUUUGUACACGGAUUGACGAAAUCGGUGGAUAUAUACAGAGUGAUCGUGUGCGUAUGGGGCAUAAAAUAAACGGGCACUAAUCGCC